GGCAAUAGAUGCUUGAUCAGUUGGAGAGUCCGCCUGUUCGCGCAGUGUGCCGCCCCCAUGAACUUCUGGAAAUGGGAACCCCGCUGCAAACCUACGCUGCUUCAAACCGCCUCCGUCUCCGGCCAUCGUCUCUCUCGCCUCUUGUUUUUUAGAGGGGUCGUUAAGGAAUUAAUGAUCCGAAGGAACCACCGUACUUCUCCAUAAGUUCAUUCGGCGUUUUCAGUACAUGCUUUACACCUGGACUUCCAUUGCAUGGGGAGAGCUCGCACUUUCUUUUUGUCAUUUUUACUUUUCUCGAGGAUACUACCUGUACCCCUACUAAUGGAACAGGGUCACUCCAACACUCUCGAGCAGCCCCCCAGCACCACGUAACAUUUCCCUGAGGAACGCGACCAUUGCCGGCUCCCAACAAACAUGGACUGUUUUCCCAUGCUUUAUUUUCUGUCGAGACAUCAUGAUUCCUGGUAAUCGAAUGCUGAUGGUCAUUUUAUUAUGCCAAGUCCUGCUGGGAGAGAGCAACCAUGCUAGUCUGAUACCUGAGGAAGGGAAGAAGAAAGCCACGGGCCUGCAGAGCCGGACUGCUGGUCAGAGCCAUGAACUGCUGCGGGACUUUGAGGCCACGCUGCUGCACAUGUUUGGACUGCAGAGGCGACCGCGGCCCAGUCGCUCGGCCACUGUGCCACGCUACCUGCUGGACCUCUACCGGCUGCAAUCGGGCGAGGCUGAGGAGGCCGGCACCCACGACACCGCCUUUGAGUACCCCGAGAGGUCGGCUAGCCGCGCCAACACUGUGAGGGGCUUCCACCACGAAGAGCACAUGGAGCCGGUUCAUCCGGGCGAGCCUCAGACGAAGAACGGCGAGGCCAUCCCACUGCGCUUUCUCUUCAACCUCAGCAACAUCCCAGAGGACGAGCUGCUCUCAUCGGCCGAGCUGCGUCUGUUCCGGCAGCAGAUCGAUGAGGCCAUUACGGAAAGCGAGGGGGACAAGGAUCAGCUCCACCGGAUAAACGUGUAUGAGGUGCUGAAGCCCCCGCGGGCCGGACAGCUAAUCACGCGGCUUUUAGACACACGGCUGGUGCGCCAUAACGCAUCGCGCUGGGAGAGCUUUGACGUGAGCCCCGCCGUACUGCGCUGGACACGGGAGCGCCUGCCCAACUAUGGGCUGGCCGUGGAGGUCCAGCACCUCAACCAGACACCACGCCACCAGGGCCGCCACCUGCGCAUCAGCCGCUCGCUGCACCAGGAGCCCGGGGAGGACUGGGAGCAGCUACGCCCCCUGUUGGUCACCUUCGGCCAUGACGGCAAGGGCCACCCGUUGACGCGUCGGGCCAAGCGUAGCCCAAAGCAGCGGGGGCGUAAGCGUAACCGCAACUGUCGCCGUCACGCUCUCUACGUCGACUUCAGCGAUGUGGGCUGGAAUGACUGGAUAGUGGCGCCCCCAGGGUACCAGGCAUACUACUGCCAUGGGGAAUGCCCCUUCCCCCUGGCAGACCACCUGAACUCUACCAACCACGCCAUCGUUCAGACGUUGGUGAACUCGGUGAACACCAACAUUCCCAAGGCCUGCUGCGUGCCCACGGAGCUCAGUGCCAUCUCCAUGCUCUACCUGGACGAACACGACAAGGUGGUCCUAAAAAACUACCAGGAAAUGGUCGUGGAAGGGUGCGGCUGCCGCUAACAUUGACCAUGGGCAACUUGAGGCAGGCCGCACGGACGCUAUGAAAAUUCUUAAGGCCCCACCUUAGUCCCAAAAUCUUCACUUGGACCCUUAUUUAUAACUUUUCUGUUGAGACGUAUGUUCGUCAUUUUUUUUCUCUCUUGACAAUAUGAUCAUAUAUUUUGACAAUAUAUAUAUAUAUAUUUAUAUCUACAUAUAAAAAACAAGUGAGUCCUUAUUUUAAACAUAAAUAAAAAGCUGUACAACUUUUCAUAAUGUAUAUUAGAUUGUAUAAGGGUUUUUUAAAUGAGAAAAUAGUUUUUAAAAAAUCUAAAAAGUAAAGUUUAUUUACUGGUAAUAUUUAUUGCUUUGAUAUUAUACACAUACAAAAAAAUAAAAACAAAUUGCCUUCCAAUAUUACAUUGUAGCCGAUCACAAGAAACACCAAUUGUGUACUUAAAUUAGAGCACUGUGUGAAAUUAUCACUUAGCUGAUUUGUUAUGAAUCCGUUGAAGUAUCAGAAAUGUACAUUGAUUUUAAUGAACCUUUAUACAUUGAUCUUUAAACCAGUUAUUUUAUUAGAUAGGUCCCUUGAGUUGGAAUCAGUUUUUUAUUCUUGUGAAAAAAUCUGAUAACAUGGGUUGUGAAAAAUGAAACUUUGACAGAAAAGGUCCUCAUGACUGUUUUAUAUGAAUUUGGAUUGAACACAUCUGCAUCUGAUACUUAGCCCGAUGGCUAUUUGAAAAGUACUCAAGUAAUUGUUGCAAUUCAUGAUAACAGAGGAAUAUUUCUCAUGCUCUGUUGCUUCCAAAUAAAACAAUGUUCGGUUUCA